GUGAGUAUGUGGAGGGCUAUAAGAGGGCAGUGGCGGAGCUAGAGAGCGCGGCGGGCGAGUUGGAGGGGUUCGGCAGGGCGAUGGGGCCAUUCCUCCGAGCAGAUGACGGCGGCGCCCACGGGGUGAAGACCGUGACCGUCCUGGGCAAGAAGGUGUCGACCACCGAGGCGACGCUAUCGCAGCUCGGCACCGACAACCCUCUCUACAAGCGAUUCAGGUCAGAAGGCACCUACCACAUAGACAUACACUGCGGUUGUAUGGACACAUGUCGUCUGUUUUGCGUCUGUGUUAUGCAGUGGUGAGAUUGUUGGCGACGUCCCCAUCCGGCAGACCGCCGUUGAGCACUUUAUGAAGGUGACCCGCAGCCACAAACACAGAAGCAGAAGGAAUGAAGGUGUGUGUGGUGUUGUUUGUCAAUGGUCAGGUAGUGGAUUUUGCGCGCAGACUGCGGGCAACGAAGAACCGCCCUGGCAGUGUCGUCAAGCACCCGAUAGCCCGCAACAUGACUCAGCUCAAGGUGAGUGCAGAUAGGUGUGUGUCGGCAUUGUCUCGCGCUCUCAUCUGUGUGUGUGCAGAAGGAUGUGGAGAUGUAUGGCCUCAAGAUGCAGGACAUCUAUCGGCCCCCGGCCCCACUGCUCAGCAUCGAGGAGACGCAGGAGGUGCUGGCCAUGACGGAGAUACCCAACCCCUCGGUCAAACUCCUCUACAGGUAGGCGGAGACAGCCAUAUGAUGAUCUCUCACAGCGUCCCUCCCACCCCUCCCCUUUGCUCUCUGUCAGUGCGACGCGUGACGGUGGUGACUUCGUCACGAUGGUGGACAAGGUGGGCGACGCGAGCGGUCUGCUGUUCCUCGUCAACCACAACGACAUACACCGAUUCGGCUGCUUCAUCGACGGCCAACUCAAACCGCCCGCCGACCCGACCCAGACCAAUCGAUACCGCGCGCCCCACUUCUUCAUCUCGAUCAGCGGUGACUACGGCAAAGUCACCAAGGUGCCCAUCCCCGAGACCAAACAGUGGGUGCAUGUCGCCGGCCGCGACGCCUCCAUCAAGGCCGGCAAUGAGGAUUACCGCGGCAAGGUGGGUGGAGGGGGGCGAAUGGGAAUAGCACAGCCAGCUAUGGGUCAAUUCGCAUGUCUGUGUGCAGAUGACCAUUGGCUACGGGUAUCUGUGGCUCUGCGACGGCAGCCCAGGCCCCGCGGAUGACGUGCGCAGCAUGACUCAGGGGGUCAAGAAGGAGGACCUGCCGGCCGGCUACCUCGGCCAAUUCAGCACCCAUUGCAACGGCACACUGGCGAGCGAACGGAACUUCACCGCGAAGGAGAUCGCCAUCUAUCACGUGAGUAGGUGGGAUGGGUGGGGAAGGCAGAGAGACGACCGACACGGAUGAAUUUAUGGAUGUCUGCGUGCUCUUCAGGUGAAGUCCGGCUGAGUGAGUGAGAAGGGGAGCCAGUGAGACGACAGCAGCGGCAGACGUGUAUGGCCUCUCACACAUGUCGACAGACCGACUUAUGUGCUGCUUGGAUGGACUGGUGUGCAUGGGCGGCUGGACCGUUUGAUUCAUCUGUGUCUGUCUGCAUGAGUGUC